AUGCUCCUAACCUCCACAGUGGCAUCUCAACAGGCAGGUGGUUACAUGCUAGAGCCUAUACCUUCAUAUAUUAUAUUAGCACCUCAGCAAAUCAGGCCGGAUGAAGAUGUCCAAAUUAGCGUCUCCAUCUUACGAAUGAUUUAUCCAAGGAUCACAAUGCGUCUUGCUAUUAAAAAUGGCGUCUUCGAAAUGAUUUCAGUCUCGUCAGUUUUUUUGGCGACCGGGACAAGAAUUCUUCAGAUGAGAGUCCCCAAUCAGGCUUCUCAGGGCGAGUAUUGGUUGCAUCUAGAUGGGUACAUAGCCACCAACAGCUCUCUUCUUUUCCAGAACCGAACUAGGAUUCAGCUCUAUCCCAAGACAGUAUCCCUUUUGAUUCAGGUAAAGGAACGCAUUCAUUGUCUACGGUGUAUCAAAGACAAGCAAACCGAUUUACCAUCAGAAUCAGAUCUAGAGGUGGUCGACUCUUCCAAUAAUCUUUUUAAACGAUGGCUCAAUCCGAUGACAAACAUAGGAGGUAUAAUUGAACUUGAUUUUGCUCUUGCUGACCAAGUUAACGAAGCUGCCACGUUUGUAGGGGCUGCCCUAUGGGAUGUGAAUGUGACCAUGCUUCCUCGAUACUCGGACGAAGACUUUGCCCUCACUGGAUUGAUACAGGCCAAUUAUACCAGCGGAAAGUAUGUUCGAGGAAAUGCGAGUGUUGUUAUCGAAAUGCGUGAGCGUGGGCCCGAUAUGUGGACCAGGCCACCGGCCGGAACUGCUAGGCGCACAAUAACACAAAUGGAUGGUCACGCCAGCUUUAUAAUACCCUUCAUCGAGUUGCGAUCGCAGCUCACCGGAACUGCGGGAGGAGCAGAACCUUCACUAGUCAACAUGGAUGUUUGGGCCAAUGUUUCCGUCACGAAUUGGUGGGAGGGAGACACUCGAUCAGGAUGGGCCUACACCCAAAUUUUCUCUGCUGAUUCAAACAUUAAAUUUCUCGGUGGAGGUGUUCGACCCUACAAACCAGGAAUGUACUUUACUGCCUAUAUGGUGAUCUUCACUGCGGAUGGUCAGCAGCCACUUUACAUAGACGAGAAUUCUGUGGUUCUUGCGACCGCCUAUCAGCGACUGUUCAAGUUCCAAUCUCCUUCCAGUACGUACCUGCAAUUAACCACCACCACCCCACAGCCACAAGUCGGUCAGUAUAUGGUAUUGAAUGUGGAGACGAACUAUCCUGUGGACACUAUCCACUACCUGGUCACAGCGGGCGGAAACAUCAUCACCUCCGAUCGCAUAUCAAUGCGCAGCGCGGUCACAUUCCGGUCCUUUUCAAUUGCCAUUUCCAAGACGAUGGCACCAAUUUGUCGGAUUGUGGCAUUUUGUGUUAAAAACGAUGGGGAGAUACUUGCGGACAGCCUAACCUUUUUCACCAACUACAGUCGUAUAAAUAAUGUGCAAAUUCAAGUGAAUCGAGGGAAAGACUUGAACUUAGACACCGUAGAGAUACGAGGAUUUGCCAAGCCUGGCUCCUAUCUCGCUGUGAAUGUGCUCCAUGCUGACUUAUUUCGAUACGACAGUCCUUCCUUCAUUCAGGAAAGAGAUGUGGUUGAUGAGAUGUCCAUGUACGAGGCGCAUGCGCAGAUGCCGUAUGAAUUCACGUGGUACAACAGCGUGAGUCAAGUGGAUCGCGUCUAUGUGCCCUCGCCCACCUACGGUGCCGACACCAACACCACUGUACAGAUGUCCGGCCUGGUUAUGUUCACCGAUGCUAACUUCACCAAAACCAAUUUCUAUCACACUUGUAACGAGACGGAGAAUCCGGCGCGUGCGCUGCCUUGCUUUGCGACAUCAGGACGGGAGUGCUAUUCCCGAGCGGAGCGUUGUGAUGGCAUCAAUCAGUGUGUCAAUUGGGCUGACGAGACCGGCUGUCCGGAGAACAGCACAACGACCACGAUGCCACCGCCAAAGCUCCGCCAGCUUGGCUCCUUCGAGAUGCUGUACCGCAACUGGGAAGACUGCUCAUGGAUGUGGCACAGCACCCCUGUCAAUGAUGACGCUAGUAAUGUUGCUGACAGACCAGAUGGGCAGAUUCAAUUUCGCGUCCCACUUCCGAAGAUGGAAGCAGGAUGGGUGGUGGGCGCGUUUGCAAUGGACGCCUCGGAGGGCCUCACUCUCAUCCGCACUCCCUUGCGCUUUGACGGUGCACGCCGCUUCUACUUCACUCUUGAGGUUCCCGAGGUCGGCUUUUGGGGCGAGCAGUUUGGUGUCCGUGUCUGUCUCUUCAACUACUGGACUUACUUCCUUGAGGCACUGGUCCGAGUGAAUGCAAAUCCGGACAUAGGAGUGAUCCGGGUCCCCUACGGUGGUCUGACGACAGCCUGGGCGCCGCCCUAUUCAGUGAAUGAGACUGUAGAGACGUUGGUGUAUCUGGACGCUGGCGAGUCAAAAUACGUCUACCUGCCUAUUUUGCCUCGUAAAACGGGAAACAACACCUUCACUAUAUGCGCUUUCUCAUUUCUCGGAGCCAACUGUGAGACGCGAUCCAUCUUUGUGCAGAUGAAUGGCAUUCCAAAUUACUUUCACACCUCUCGAUUCAUGGAUCUCACCAGCUCUAGUCAACUCUAUGUCAACAACUUUCGAGUCAUCGUGCCCGAGAAGUUUACUGUGCCAGAACAGCGCGCGCAUCGCUUCAUUCCUGGCUCCCAGAAGGGAGUGGUUAGCGUCACGGGUGACGUGAUUGGACCCACCCUCAGCCGUAACUUUGAGUAUGCAGACACGGAAAAUGUUCUACGGCUAUCCUACGGGGCGGCGGAGAACGUGUUUUUCGAGUUGGGCUUCAAUCUGCAACUGCUUUUCUAUCUGCGUGGCGCCGGCUACCUGCCCAACGACGUGAUGCUCGCUGGAGUCAACUACUGCUCUGUCGUCUUGCAGCGUGGUUUCACCUACUUUGACAACGUUACUGGUGCUUUCUGCAACUUUCGAGACCACCUCGAUCGACCGCAUGCCCUUCCAACAGCAUUUGCAAUAUGGAAUAUGCUACUGGCACGACUGACAGAGUGGGAGCGGUGGAUUUUUGUGGAGGAUGAGACAUUUGUGCGCUCUAUAACCUUCCUCAUGGAGACGCAAGUCAAUCAGACAUCAGGAGAGGAUCCCAUGCUAGUGGGAAGUUGGGCAGUGGAGGGCGAGGGUGUGGUUAUAGUGGACCGUCGCUUUAUCCCUCCAGUGAACGAAACACGAUGGCCAAAUCCCAUAGAACGUGAAGCUCACCGUCGUCUGCCCACUGCAGCAAUGGUGGUGGUUAGUCUGCGGGGCGCUGGCACACCACCCCCCAGCGGACGCGCCGCCGAGCUCGCCUCCCGUGUGGUGCGUCUGGCUGUUGGAUUCAUUCGGCACCACGUCCUCAAUGUGGAUGACCUCUUUGCAAAAAUCAUUGCCACGUAUGCCCUUCAAGUCGCUGCAGGAGCCAAUGCUCAAAACGAACUCACUCAAGCAAUGAAUCAGAUCCACGCCCGUCAACUAAGAGGGGAUCAUGUGUACUACUCCAAUUACCCGAUUCCUCCACCCAUCUAUGAAAUUGAUCAAGCGGGCAGACGAAUUGAAAAUCCGAGGGGCGAGUGGCCCAAUGACGGCUACGCGGUGGCGUGCUCAGCUCUCGUCUUUCUUAUCAAACUUGAGACCAAUGCCUGGAGCCCUGCAGUCCACGAAGCCCACGACAUGGUUAACUGGCUAACCAGCCAACGCAACCAUGUCUCCGGCUUUACCAGCACCUUUGAUUCGCUAGUGGCUCUUCAAGCACUGCGCAAAUUCGCUCUGGCGGAUAAGAAUCGUGCUCUCUACAAAAUGUCUGUGAGCCAAAAGAUCAGCUCCCUCAAACAAUGGGAGCCGCAAAUAUGGAUCGUGCCUGACAACUACUCCACGCUCUCAAGAACUGUGUAUCCACCGCGAUCUGUGUGGGGCGAUGUAACACUGGAGGUAGAAGGCACAGGACUUGUUACUCUUCAGUUGGACGUUAGCUACAACGUGGAGUUUCCUGACAUUCAACGUGAACCCCUCAAUCCAGAGAACCUUCUUGAAUUCUACACGAGUUUCGAUCUCGAAUGCACGCCCACCUUUUGGGGCCGAAAUAACUCCCACAUGCGCAUGUCUGUCUGCGGGAGUUGGACAGGAAACCACCCGUUGGAACCAGCCAAUGAGAGCGGCAUGGCGGUGUUUGAGGUGCGUGUACCCACAGGCUACGUGGUUAUGAACGAUGAGCUUCGGGACUACGUGCGAAGUGGUCAGGUGCCUCGGUUGAAGUACGCCCGUUUUCGUCCCCACUUUGUGCAUUUCUUCUUUGAUAAGCUAACAACAGAAAGAACUUGCGUUGAAUUCAAUGCCUCGCGUUUUUAUCCGGUCUCUAACAUGACUGAUCACCAAAUAUGCCUCGCGUACGAAUACUAUGAACCAGGUCGGUACAACAACAGCAUGUACGAAGUGAUCUCCCUCUACACCAACACAAUUUGCAGCGUCUGCGGAUCUUUCCAAUGUCCCUACUGCCCGGAUUACAACGGUAUCGUCUUUAAAGUGCCCAGCCCUCGACUCAUCCUGGUCAUCCUCCUACUGACACUGCAGCAUAAUCGAUGGACUCAUGAGUAA